AAAGCGGCCGCGUCGCGCGCCACCCGCUUCGUAUUACGCGCUAUAUUAUGACAGUGACGUGAUGGAGGGCAAGGAGUUCGGUGCGGUACCCGGCUUGCCCGCUGGUUUGGACUACUUUAUGAUGCCUCGUGUCAGCCAGCCUUCGCCUCAAUUCGACUUUAGAAAAUUAGGCGCGAGUUUCAGCGGCCGGGAUGAAGAAAAAGGAGAAGAUCGGCGGUCCCCCGAGUAUCCGCCGGAGCGUCGUGACCCGCCACCUGCGCCUUGGCCUCUCGGUCUGGGAGUUCAAUUCGUCAACCCUGCUACGGGAAAGAAAAGAGUGCAGUGCAAUGUUUGCUUAAAAACUUUUUGCGAUAAAGGAGCGCUAAAAAUACAUUUUUCGGCAGUGCACUUGAGAGAGAUGCAUAAGUGUACAGUGGAGGGGUGUACUAUGAUGUUUAGUUCGCGGCGUUCGCGGAAUCGACACAGCGCUAAUCCAAAUCCUAAGUUACAUUCUCCUCACGUGAGACGUAAGAUUUCUGCACAUGACGGCAGGUCUGCGCAACCGUUCCCUCUACUACCGGCAUUGGCUCGGUUGCCACUGCCACCGCCUGCACUUCUUCCGCCUGAAUUCGCAGGACGUCUUCCGCCUCCACUUGCAGCACCUGGACCUACUCACCUACCUCCUCGAGUUCCUCUCGAUGAUCUCCGCAAUUUUAAGGAAAUCGAAAAAUUAUACAGGAAAAUUCCAACACCUGAGGACCCUCGACAUGCUAUGGAUCUUGUUAAACCUAAUGUUCACGAUGAAGAAUCAAUCAGUUUUAGUGAAAAUAAUGAAGAAAUUUCUGACGAUGAAGACAAAGAAAAGCCUAAAGUUCAGGCAGAGAAUAAUGAAGUAGAAAGGUCAAAUUAUUCUGAUGAACCAGAGGAUUUGAGUGUAAACAAAAAGAAAGAGGACGAAAAAUACACGACUGUGCAAACGGAAAUUAGUAUUCGAACUGAUCCCACCGCUGUCGAUGAGAAAAUGUCAUUAGUUCCUAAUAAACGUAAAAGAAAAAGUGAAAAUCCAACAAGGUGUUCUCAAAAUAAUGAAUACAGUGUAUCCGAUGAGGAGUACAAUAGUGAUAUUUUUAGAAACUUGUCGACUCCUAGUUCUAGUCGAGCAGAUGAGGAGCCAUUAUCUCUCAAAAAACAAAAGCCUGAAAAAUGGGAGCCAUUUCAGAACGGUGAAGAGCAGACUGUGGACACGGAAUCGGUAACAAGAGUUAAGGCUGAAAGUGAGUCUGAUGACGAAUCAAGUGCACCUAGUGUUGUUCGUGAAGGAUUAAGACUAAGAUCCGAUCUCUAUACUCCGAGCGACAGCGGAAGCGACUUACACACGAUCGAGGAGCGACUGGCGCGAGCACGUUCACCGUCUGCGAGCAGCGAUAGGACGGAUGAACGGCUCGAUAUUAAUGAUCUCGAAAUACCCAUCGAUGACGAGAAUCCAGAUCGGUGUACUGCUUGCGGAAAAAUAUUUCCAAACCACUUCACGCUGCGCAUACACUACAGGAACGAUCACUUGAAAUUGCUUCACCCAUGUGACGUCAACGGUUGUGAUGCUGCGUUUCCAUCACGUCGGAGUCGAGACAGACACAGCUCAAACGUAGACCUUCACCGACGUUUGUUAUCAACGAGUUCACCAGCUCAUGAUUCAAAACCUGCGUUCGAAGUAAAUGCGGAGCUUUUAAACAAAUUAUAUGCUGACAUAAAAGGCCUCGCAUCAACCCUCGAAAGUCUAAGAUAUGGUGGCGAGGAAUCAUCCCAGCUUCCUACGUAUGUGACUGAAACAAUGAAGUUUUAUAGUAGAAAUUUAACUGCAUUGCAAGCAGGAUUAUUCCCACAGCUGAGCGACCGAGGAUUUUUCCCAACACCAUUUCUGAUGGGAAAUAGAACUCCUCAGCCUGGAGGUUUGUACGGAGCUCCUGCAGGAGCUCAUACAGCCAGGGAGUCGCUUUCACCUUUGUCGGCGUCGUCUCCUCCAGUGAUAUCGCCUGGGAGGCUGGACGCGGCGCACGCGCGUCCACGCGAGGACGCUAAGCUGCUUUUUCGCGAGACCUCUGAAUCCUACAAAAAGAUGACGUCACUCUGCGAGCGCCAGGACCAGCUGUACCAGCACCAUGUUCCGGUGUCAUGACGCAACCCGUACAACCCCCGCGCAACCUGGUGAUACCUCACUCUCUGAAGCCCGUGGCGCACAGACUCUGUAUAUUUAAUUGUUAAUAAUUUUAAUUGUGUUAAUUCUAUCAUAUUUCGUUUUGUAUUUUCUUGUGAUAUUUAGAAAAAUAUAUCGUAAUUAUCGAUCCCACGAACUGUAAGUUGAUAGGGAUACUACCGCUUGGGUAUUAAGUUGGCGUUUGUGAAGCGAAGUGCAAUAGACUCGAAUGUUAUAAAUAUUAAUGGACUCGGCUGCAUACGAUAUGGUAUCGUGUAGAAUAUUUGUAAUCGAUGUUGAAAGUAAGCGUUAUAAUGAUCAGCUUCAUUUAUUGUUCUGGCGCAAUAAACUCAUUGAGGAAAA